GAGUGAGAUUUCAGAAUGGCGACUGUCUUUACUUAGGAGAGUACUUAUUCCCGCCCAGAAAUUGUGUAAUUAACGUGUGUCUUUGAAAAGUUCCAUGUGUUUUUCGUCGCGUAUUCACUGAAAAUGAUUAUAGAGAAUCCGGAUCAAUUCAAGGCGUGGCUCACCGCCGUCUUGGAGCCGCUUUGUGAUGCUGACCCUGCAGCAUUAGCAAAAUAUGUAUAUGCUCUUGUUAAGAAGGAUAAAACAUUGGAAGAAUUGCGAGGUGGAAUGGUCGAACAGCUUGAUGUAUUUUUACAGCAGGAAACCAAAAACUUUGUGGAAUUAUUAUUCAAAACAUUGGAAACUCAAGAAUACAUACUUCCACCUGCAAAAAAUGAUCCAGAUGGUGGUGGGACACCACCUGGUGUAAAUCCACCACCUCCUGUAUUAGCAGCAGAAAAAAUAACUGAAAGUACAAUUCCUAUUACUACUUCUAUCACUACAAAUCCUCCUGUUCCCCCUCAAAUAAAUGGAUCUGCGCCAAUGCCAAUAAGUAAACGUGAAACUAGAAAAUCAGACUCUGAUAAAAUUGACAAAGAAAAGGAGAAACGUUCACGUAGUCGAAGUGGCCGAAUGAGAUCCAGAACAAGAUCACGUUCCCGUUCGUGGGAAAGAGAUAGACGUAGAUCCAGAAGCAGGGAGCAUAUUCGUCGAGAUAGAGAACGUGACAGAAGUCGACCAUGGAGGAACGAAUCGCCGCCAAAUACGAGACGACACGAUAGAAGACGGAGCAGAAGUCGUAGUACGUCACCGAUACGACCAAGAAUACGAGACGGUCCUGACAAUCGUGAUCAUAGAGCACGAUUUAGGAACAGGUCGCCGACGCCUCUGCGAUCGAGAUCUCGGUCAAGAUCGUUAGAUCGUAAAAAGAUAGAUCGGUCUGAAAGGAUGGACGUAGACAGAACGGAUAGAAUCGAGGGGAGUCCUGGUGGUGGUACCCCAACGCAAGACAGUAAUCACGGAGACGUAGACAUGAGGUUGUCUACUACUAGUCAGUCAAUUCAAAGUGUCGUCGCUGUCGCUUCUGCUGUAUCAAAUAACCAACCUGGAUUCCAAGCAAAGAGGCGGUGCAGAGAUUUCGAUGAAAAGGGAUAUUGCAUGAGAGGUGAUCUCUGUCCUUACGAUCACGGUACAGAUCCUGUUGUAUUAGAAGAUGUAGCUUUAAGUCGCGUUUUAACAUUCGGUCCACAUAGUGCACAAGCACCAGGAACUGUACCUGUAACAGCAGUACCGGAACCACCUCAAGGACCCAACGGAAAUGCUCCACCGCAACACCUUCCUCUUGCUAGUUUACCUCCGCCUCAUUUACGAAAUCAACAUCACUCGAAUAUGGAUGCAUUUGCCGAGUAUAAUCCAGAUGCACCGAGUAUGGAGCCUCGAGUGCCAUGGGGAAGACAUCCCCAACCAGGACCUGGCAUUUAUGGAAGGGGACAAAGGGAAUUAAUUAGCGUGCCAGUGAUUCCGCAUACGAACUCAUCCGAGAUUACACAUACUCAAACGAAUCCGUUAAAGCGUAAACAAGCAUUCGAUUUCAACCGUCUUGGACCGAAGCAACGAGUAGUCCAUAAUCCAGCUAACUGCUCUUUGGAAUUGAAAAAGGUCCCGCGUAGUCUGAACAACAUAACUCAAUUGAAUAAUCACUUCUCGAAAUUCGGUAAAAUUGUAAAUAUACAAGUCAAUUUCGGCGGAGAUCCCGAGGGAGCGUUGGUUACCUUCCAGCUACCAGCCGAAGCAAAAGCUGCAUACAGAAGUACCGAGGCUGUGUUGAAUAAUAGAUUUAUCAAAGUGUUUUGGCAUAACAAUGUUAACAAUAACGCAGCUGGUGGCGCCAUCGAAAACGUACCACCAGGAUGCCGUCCUUCUGUAAAAGAACGAUUGGGCGCUAGUGUAACCACACCAGCGAAAACUGACGAGAACGAAUAUAUUCCUACUCGUCGUUCAACUGAAGAGCAACAAGUCACGCAAAGUUUAGUUCCAACGUCACCAAAAACUACCACUGCUUCUAACAGAGAAGAAAAAGUUCUUGCGAUAAAAAAGACACAGGAGAUCUUGGCCGCUAAGGAAACCUUAAAGAAGAAACAGGAGGAGAAACGUAAAGAGGCAAUAAAAUUGACCGCUGACUUACGUAAGCGGAAACAAGAACUUUUGGACAAACAUUUGAUAGAAAUACGAGCUUUGAUCGAUAAAGCUGAAAAAAAUCCAGAACAGAAGGAUGCGAUCAUGGCGACGAUAAAGACCAUGCAGCAGUCCAUCGACAAUUUACGCAAGGACCUAGCUGCGAACGGUCAGAUUGGUGGUAACAAGACGCAAGCAAAAUCCAGAGAACAGACCCAGAAAGAGAUUUUGGACGCCGAGUUAGACUUAAUGACUGCACAACAAGAGGGACAAGACGCCGGGGAGUUGCAAAAAAGACUAAACGAACUGCGGGCUCAAGCUGCUGCGUUGGGUUUAAACGCAGGUCCAGCUGUCGGCAGAGGUACAAGAUCCAGUAGGGUUAUACGAGGUAGCCAUGCGUUAUCAUAUAGGGGUCGCGGUAGAGGGAGUUUUACCCAUGUUUCGGUAGAUCACAGACCGACAAGUCUUCUAGUCUCUGGUUACGAAACCGAAGAAAAGGCUGAAGUUUUAGCGCAUUUCCAACAAUUUGGAGAAAUAGUGAAUCAAAUAGUAGAUGAUGCAACGCCUUCGAUUGUGAUCAAUUUUAAGUCAAGAAAAGAGGCCGAGGUGGCAUUAUUAAAGGGACGCACAUUUCAGGAUAGAUUACUGUCUAUUACAUGGGUCUCCGGGCAUCAUUUACACCGUGGCGGAGGUGGUAGUAAUACGAAUUCAUCCGUACAACUUUCUUCGCGCUCUGAACAAGCGCCACCUACAACUGACGAAGAAAUUGAUGUAGAAGGUAAUGCAGAAGCAUUGCUUCUCGAGGAGAACGAGGAAGAGGAGGAUGAAGAUGGCGAGUCGCGUAGCUGGCGGCGAUAGCAGCGCCAACGUUACUCGUGACAAAAACUUGGUACCAACUACAAUGACUGUGUGAUGAUCUGGGCAAAUCAAUAUAUGCUCAGCACCUGCGCCACUGCUGCACCAUCGUUUGAUGCAUCAAAUGCCAUGAUUUUCACGAAAGAGUCAGAUUACGAGCUCAUACACGUUAUCAUGAGUGUUACACUAUUUGUUAAUAUUAUUAAAUAUAUGCGUGUGCGCAUUAUAACGGUAUAAAAGAAAGUAUAUACCGUGGUGAGUUGCGCGGCGCAAAAUAGAAAACUGAUAUGCAAGUUUCCAACAGCA